UCGCAUCAGAGACAAUGAGACAGUCACAUGUGUUGAGUAGUCAGCUGACAAUGAUGCAUCAUAAAGGCAUCAACAAGCCUCACCGCCUGCAUUGCAGCACUCAUCACGCUCAGUCUACUUCAACCACCACUGAGAAACAGAAAACAGCGGAGUCAUGCUGCUCCUAACUCUACUUUUCGUGUCUUCAGCUGUGGCGACCCCUCUGCUGGGCACUGAGCAAUGUGCCCGAGGCCCCCCCUACUGGUGCCAGAAUGUAAAGAUGGCGUCUCUGUGCGGCGCUGUGACUCACUGCCAGCAGAAUGUCUGGAACAAGCCCCAGAUGAAAACCGUGCCAUGUGACUUGUGUAAAGAGGUGUUGAUGGUGGUGGAGCAGAUUCUGAAGGACAAUGCCACUGAGGCUGAGGUUCUUGGGUACCUGGAGAAGGCCUGCCAGCUCAUCCCUGAUCAAGGUUUGACUGCAGAGUGCAAGGAGAUGGUGGAUGACUACUACCCCAUCCUCAUGGGAAUCAUUAAAGGAGAACUGGAGGAUCCCAGUGUGGUGUGCGGAGCCAUCGGGCUGUGUCACUCUCAGCAGGUGGCCCUGGCUAAGGCUCAUGCCCAAGAGCAGCUUGUGUCAAAUGAAAUCCCUCAGUUGGACCUCGCCCAGCAAGUGUCUCCUUUCAUCAUCAAUGUGCCCGAGCUCAUCUAUCCUCGGGAGAGCCCCGAGCAGGAGGCCCCCAAACAAGAGACCCCAAAACAGGAAAGUGAUGAUGUGUGCCAAGACUGCGUCAAGUUCCUGACUGAUGCUCAAGCAGAAGCCAAGACCAACUCCUCAUUCGUCGACUCUCUCAUUGAGAACAUUGAGAACCAGUGUGACCUGCUGGGACCCGGCUUGUCUGCAAUGUGCAAGCAGUAUGUCGGCCAAUAUGGUACCAUCGUUGUUGAGCAGCUCAUGUCCAUGGAACAGCAACCCAAGGAUAUUUGUGUCCACGCUGGCUUCUGUGCUGAUAUGAAGAAGUCCGUUCCCAUGCUGCAGCUGCUGCCUGCCAAGACUGUACCUGCUCUCAAGCUUUUCCCUGCCACAAAGGUUGAGUCUGCCACUGACAAGUCUGCAAAGCCCAUGGUGCGUGUCCGUGACUCCCCAACAUGUGCCAUCUGUGAGUUUGUGAUGAAACAGUUGGAGACUAUGUUGGAGGAUCAGAAAACAGAGGAGGAGGUGAUUCAUGCUGUGGAGAAGGUGUGCACAUAUCUGCCCUCUUCUCUAAGUGCCCAGUGUAAGGACCUGGUUGAGACCUACGGCCAGGCCAUCAUCGAGCUGCUGGUGCAACAGACGGACCCAAAGACCGUCUGCACAGUGUUGGCACUCUGCAAUGAUGCCAGCCGUGCAUAUGUCCCUGCACUUGACCAGACUCGCUUUAAGGCUGGUGGCUACUGCAAGGUUUGCAAGAUGGCCGUUAGCUACUUGGAUGGCAUUCUUGAGAAGAAUGCAACAGAGGCACAGAUUGAGGAGGCUGUGAGGAAAGUAUGCAGCUUCCUGCCCAGCUCUUUCCAGACCGAAUGUGACCAGAUGAUUGAACAGUAUGAGCCAAUCCUCAUUCAGCUGCUUCUCCAGAUGCUCGACCCUGACUUUGUGUGCAUGAAAGUGGGAGCCUGCCCAGAAGCUGUGCGCAUGCUGCUGGGAACAGAGCAGUGUAGCUGGGGACCUGCAUUCUGGUGCAAGAACAUAGAGACAGCAACUCAGUGCAAUGCUGUGGCUCACUGCAAACGCCAUGUGUGGGUAUAGAGGAAGAGAAACGACAAACUGUUCUUUGGGGAAUUGAAAGA